CUCGACGUCUCUCGAUCCAAAACCCUAUAAAACUCUCUCUCUCUCUCUCUCUCUGUUCGUUCUUCUCAUCUUCCGUGCUCUAAGACUGAACGUUUAACCCUGUUGCGUUGCGACUCUGCUUGAAGUCGAAGGGAAUGGCGAUAAUCUCCGACUACGACGAGGGAGAGAACAAGUCUCCGGCGAAGCCUUCGCCUUCGUCCUCUGCCUCAGCGGUGCCGUUCUCCGGAAACCUCGACCGCUCGAAUCCGAUCGGCUUCAUCGAGAAGGUUUUCGAUUUCGUUGCGAGCGAGAGCGACUACCUGGGGAAUGAUUCGGCGGAGAAGGAGAUCGCUUCCGUCGUGAGAGCGGCCAAGGAGAAGCAGAAGCUGAAGGAGAAGAAGGCUAAGGCAGCUGAAGAGAGCAAGAAGGUGGAGGAGGCUGCUGCGGCCGCGCCGCCGGUUAAGGAGGAGGAGAAGGCUGUGCCGGAGGUGGAGAUGAAGGACGCUGAGGCGGAGAAGAAAGAGGAGGAGGAGAAGAGCGGAUUGAUAGCUCCAAACCGAGGCAAUGGCCUUGAUCUUGAGAACUACUCGUGGACUCAAACCCUUCAGGAGGUUACCGUCAAUGUCCCAGUACCUAAAGGAACCAAGGGAAGGUUUGUGGUAUGUGACAUAAAGAAGAAUCAUCUUAAAGUAGGGCUGAAGGGUCAACCUCCAAUUAUCGAUGGAGAGCUCUACCAGACUGUUAGGCCUGAUGAUUGUUAUUGGAGUAUAGAGGAUCAGAGUGCCAUCUCCAUACUCUUGACCAAGCAUAACCAGAUGGAGUGGUGGAAGUGUGUGACUAAAGGAGAGCCUGAGGUUGACACUCAGAAAGUUGAGCCUGAGAGCAGCAAAUUAUCUGACCUUGACCCGGAAACCAGACAAACAGUUGAGAAGAUGAUGUUUGAUCAGAGGCAAAAGUCGAUGGGUCUACCGACAAGCGAUGAGAUGCAGAAGCAGGAGAUUCUGAAGAAAUUCAUGGCAGAGCAUCCGGAGAUGGACUUUUCGAGGGCAAAGAUAUCAUGAAGAAACUAUCAUCAUGAGGGAACUGUCUCGACCUUUUUUGUUUCUUAACUAGAUCUGUUAAUUGAGGGAUAGAGGCGUGUGAAUGGUGAAACAUUGUGCGUGUGCCGUUGUGGAGAUCAGAAAUCGAACUUAUUUAUGCUGAGUGCAUCUCAAAACUCUUACAUGCGGUUAAGUUUUACCUAUCAAUUAUUUUGGUGUAUGAUCA